UGGGAAAAUGCCUAUCUUCAGAUGUUGAGUGCGUACAAAGAGUACAGAACCAGAAAUGGAGUGCGGAGAUGAUGAAAAUGCUGUUGAACUUCUCUUCUUUGACACUUUUACCCAUGAGAAACAGGAUUUAAACCUCGAUCUUGUGCAGUUUCCACAUCCAGUUAACAUUCAUGAAGUCAGAGUUAUACCACUUGGCUCUCGGGUGAAAGCUGAUUUCCCUGGAGGAUAUCGCCUUGGUGCAACGAAUCCGUCUGCAUUCGUUCUGGACAUGUUCAUCAAUAACCUGAGUUGCCCCGGCGCGGCGUCGUUUGAGCGAUUCGGAAGACUGCAGAUUGUACUAAAUGCAGACUGUACUAAAAUGCAGACUGCAGAUGCAGAUUGUACUAAAUGCAGACUGCAGAUUGCACUAAAUGCAGACUGCAGAUAA